GUUCCAGGUCCCGCCCCGGAGCAGACUUCCUGGUCCGCAGACAAUCCAGGAGAGCGACUGCAGCAGGGGACCCGGGAGCCAUGGGGUGCACUCGCGACGCCAUCCUGGACGCACUGGAGAACCUGACUGCAGAGGAGUUCAAGAAGUUCAAGCUGAAGCUGCUUUCAGUGCCCCUGCGCGAAGGCUAUGGGCGCAUCCCGCGGGGGUCCCUGCUGUCCAUGGACGCCAUGGACCUCACAGACAAGCUGGUCUCUUCCUAUCUGGAAGAGUACGGCGCAGAGCUCACGGCGCUCGUGCUGCGCGACAUUGGCAUGAAAGAGCUAUCAGAGCGGCUGCAACAGAUCACGCGCAAAGACCAGGCAGCCGCACCUGCUGGGAUCCAGGAUUCUCACCUGAAGGCAGCCAAGCCAGCAAUGCACUUUGUGGACCAGCACCGGAUGGCCCUUAUCACACGGGUCACAGAUGUGGACGGGGUGCUGGAUGCCCUGUACGGAAAGGUCCUGACAGAGGAGCUGUACCAGGCAGUGCGAGCAGAGCCCACCAAUGCACUGAAGAUGAGGAAGCUCUUCAGCUUCACUCCAGCCUGGAACGUGACCUGCAAAGAUCUGCUCCUUCAGGCCCUGAGGGACACCCAGCCCUACCUGGUGCUUGACCUGGAGCAAAGCUGAGGUAUCUUCGCCAGCAGUGGCCCCAUGUACAACCCCUGGCAGUUCCAGCCAACUUACCCCAUAUGAUUUUUCUUAUGCAUAAUAGAGGAAAAUCCAGCUCGUA